AAGUAGAUGAAACUUCAAGGGGCCUAAAAAAAUUAACCGACGCCGAUAUCGGCCAUUGCUGGUGAAGCCGCUACAGUUACAAACACCUCCACGGCCUCGCACACCAGUCCAUCAAUGGCCGCCGCUCUCUACUCCUUAGCUCUGCUUCGGAGCUGUGGAGCUGGCGGCGUCAGGGCAUUUGCGAUUCCCAGGAGCUCCUCACGAGCUCUCGCUUCCGUCAAGUUCGUUCCUCCGCUUCGGUUUCAGCCCCGUCGCAGAUCUUUUUGCGUCAAAGCGACAAGCAGCGAAGAAGAUGCUGCCAAAGCAGCUGCUGCGGUUGCUGACACAGGAGCUCCGACCAUAUUCGACAAGAUCAUAGCUAAGGAGAUUCCGUCAACCAUUGUGUAUGAGGAUGAAAAAGUCCUAGCUUUUCGAGACGUUAGUCCUCAGGCUCCGGUUCAUGUUCUUGUUAUUCCAAAACUCAGAGAUGGCCUUACGCAACUCGGAAAGGCUGAAGAAAAGCAUUCUGAGAUACUGGGUCAUCUUCUCUAUGCUGCCAAAGUGGUGGCUGAAAAAGAAGGCAUUCUCGAUGGAUUUCGUGUUGUCAUCAACAGCGGACCAAGUGCCUGUCAAUCUGUUUAUCAUCUUCACUUACAUGUCCUGGGUGGUAGACAAAUGAAGUGGCCUCCUGGUUGAAGUUGAACUACGCCCUAUAUAUCAUCACCAUUUUGUGACCUAUUGAGAUGUAUUCUCACGAUGAUUCUGUUCUUUUUUGGCUCACUCAUCAUGUAACUAUGCUUUCGAGGUUUUCCUUUGAUCAAAAAAAUUGUUGCUGGAUCCGUAUCUUAAUGUUGUCAUGUUUAUGUCCAUCUGAGCAACAUGUGGCUUAUUGAUGCUAUGAAAGGAUGGACAGUAUUACAAUCUCCUCGUUUUUGUG